UUAUCUCCUGUGGUGGUCUUCCAUCUCCACCAAAUGGAAAUAAGAUUGGAACCUUAACAGAGUAUGGAGCUACUGCAAUAUUCACCUGUAACACAGGAUAUACAUUAGUUGGUUCUCACGUGAGAGAAUGCUUGGCAAAUGGUCUCUGGAGUGGUACUGAAACUCAAUGCCUAGCUGGUCACUGUGGUUCUCCGGAUCCAAUUGUAAAUGGUCAUAUUAGUGGAGAUGGUUUCAGUUAUCGUGACACUGUAGUCUACCAGUGUAAUCCUGGCUUUCGACUUGUUGGUACAUCUGUCAGAAUUUGCCUACAGGAUCACAAGUGGUCUGGACAAACUCCCGUUUGUGUCUCAAUCACAUGUGGACAUCCUGGGAAUCCAGCUCAUGGCAUGACUAAUGGCAGUGAGUUCAAUUUAAAUGAUGUUGUAAAUUUUACUUGCAACACUGGAUAUUUACUUCAGGGUGCUUCUCGAGCACAGUGCCGAAGCAAUGGGCAGUGGAGUAGCCCUUUACCCAACUGCCGAGACAGCUCCAAGUUAGACAGCUUGUUGAAAAGUGGUUUAACAAUAAAGCAGUGUAGGCAAUCCAGGAGGCUCCUGGAGUGCAUGGAGGAUAACUUCUUAAGACAGGUAAUAGACAGGCCUACCAGAGGGCAUGCCAUAUGUCACCUGUUGGUCACAAACACACUGGUGAACUGUUCUGAUCCUGGCUUUGUGGAAAAUGCAAUUCGGCAUGGGCAGCAGAAUUAUCCUGAAAGUUUCAAAUACGGAACAAGCGUGGCAUACCAUUGCAAGAAGGGCUUUUAUCUGUUGGGCUCAUCUGCUUUGACCUGUAAAGCUAAUGGCUUAUGGGAUAGAUCACUACCAAAGUGUUUGUCCAUUUCUUGUGGACAUCCUGGGGUACCUGCCAACGCAGUUCUUUCAGGAGAUAAAUUUACAUAUGGCUCUAUAAUUCACUAUUCUUGCACAGCUGGUCGAAAACUCAUAGGAAACUCUACUAGGGAGUGCCAAGAAGACAGCCACUGGAGUGGGACUCUCCCUCACUGUUCAGGAAAUAACCCUGGCUAUUGCGAUGAUCCAGGAAUACCAGCCCAUGGAUCUAGACUAGGGGAUGAGUUCAAAAUAAAAAGUUUGCUACGUUUCUCAUGUGAAAUGGGUUAUCAACUGAGAGGAUCUGCAGAACGAACAUGCCUCCUUAAUGGUUCCUGGUCAGGUAUACAGCCUGUGUGUGAAGCUGUAUCUUGUGGGAACCCUGGCACCCCAGCCAACGGUAUGAUAAUAUACACUGAUGGAAUAUUAUUCUCCAGCUCAGUCAUUUAUGCCUGCUGGGAAGGUUACAAAACUUCAGGGCUGACUACUAGACAUUGUACUGCUAAUGGGACAUGGACUGGCACUGCUCCAGACUGCACAGUGAUCAGCUGUGGAGAUCCAGGUGCAUUAGCAAAUGGCAUUCAGUUUGGAAAUGAUUUUACCUUCAAUAAGACAGUCACCUAUCAGUGCAAUCCAGGAUACUUGAUGGAGCCUGCCAUUUCAUCUACCAUGCGUUGUAUAAAAGACAGCACUUGGAACCAGAGUAAACCAAUUUGCAAAGCUAUUACCUGUGGCCCCCCUCCACCAGUACUCUAUGGGAAAGUGGAAGGAUCUGAUUAUCGUUGGGGUGCCAGUGUGAGUUACAGCUGUGCAGAAGGCUAUCAGCUGUCUAACACAGCUAUUCUCUCCUGUGAGGGUCGAGGAAUUUGGCGGGGAGACAUCCCACAAUGUUUACCUGUUUUUUGUGGUGAUCCUGGCACUCCAGCAGAAGGACGCCUCAGUGGAAAAAGUUUCACCUACAGAUCUGAAGUUAGCUUUCAGUGCAGACCCCCUUUUAUUCUGAUAGGCUCUUCAAGAAGAUCCUGUCAAGCAGAUGGUACUUGGAGUGGAAUUCAGCCAACAUGCAUCGUGUUCAGCACAAAAGCAGACUUGGUUGCUAAGAGGGAAUCACAUAGUGCAGAAAGAUCCACUGGAUCAAGUCCUGUGCUGUCUACCUGGUGGGUGUGCCUGGGCAUCCCCAAAGGAAAUACACCACCAGAAUGUGAAGUGGACGUUGGGAGCACAGUCUUUUUCAGAUGCAGAAAAGGUUAUCAUAUUCAGGGAUCUACCACCCGCUCUUGUCUUGCUAACUUAACCUGGAGUGGCAUACAGUCUGAAUGCAUUCCUCAUGCUUGCAGGCAGCCAGAAACACCGGCACACGUAGAUGUGAGAGCAAUAGAUCUUCCUACUUUAGGAUAUACUUUGGUGUAUACCUGUCAACCAGGAUUUUUUCUUGCUGGUGGAUCAGAGCAUCGGACAUGUAAACCAGAUAUGAAAUGGACAGGAAAAUCACCUAUUUGUAAAAUUCCCUCAGAUGUGUUUUUUAUAAAUUCACUGUGGAAAGGGUUUUAUGAAUAUUUAGGAAAAAGACAGCCUGCUACUCUGACUGUUGAUUGGUUCAAUACUACAACCAGCAAAGUGAAUGCCACAUUCAUUGAGGCAUCCAACAUACAACUCAAACUAUCAGGUGUUUACAAGAAGGAAGAAGCCCAUUUGCUCUUGAAAGUUUUUCAGCUUAAAGGACCUACUGAUAUUUUUGUAAGCAAGUUUGAAAACGACAACUGGGCACUAGAUGGUUAUGUAUCAUCAGGUCUUGAAAGGGGUGUUUUCACCUAUCAAGGUGAUAUACAUGGAAAAGACUUUGGAAAAUUUAUGCUCCAAAGACAAGGUCCUUUAAGUGCAGACACAGACCUUUCAAAUCACUAUUAUGGUACAAACAGCAGUUCUGUGGCAGCUGCCAUCCUGGUACCAUUCUUUGCUCUAAUAUUAUCAGGGUUUGCAUUUUACCUCUACAAACACAGAACAAGACCAAAAGUACAGUACAAUGGGUAUGCUGGACAUGAAAACAGUAAUGGACAGGCUUCAUUUGAAAAUCCCAUGUAUGACACAAACUUAAAACCCACAGAGGCAAAGGCUGUGAG